AGUUUGAGCCACAAGAGUGGGGGAGAGAGAGAGAGAGAGAGAGAGAGAGAUAGAGAUAGAGAGAGGCUUAUACACCUUCCUGAGAGAGUCUUCAGGUGUCUUUCAUCCUGCUGAGGUAGAAACAAUGGAAUCGCCGCCGUUCAGUUCGACGAUGGUAUCAUCAGCAUCGGCCAAGGAUGUCGCGUCGGAGCCCAACAGUAGUGCAAUAGAGUGGCACAGCAGGCGCUGGACGUGGGGAGGGCCAAUAAGCCUCCACAGAGUGCUGUGCAUGCAAGGCGGCGACGAUGAUGGGAGCUAUGCGAAGAACUCCGACGCACCCGCGUCCGCAGUCACCCUAUCGAAGCCCUUGCUCUUGAAUGCCAUACAGUCCAUGAAGCUCUUCCUCGCGUCGAAGCAUGACGAUUCACUGAGGAUUGCCGAUCUAGGCUGCGCCACGGGGUACAACACCUUGGCCACGGUCAACAUGGUGGUGGAGGGCCUGAGGAAGAGGUACGUGGAGGAGCUGGGGUUCGAGCCUGAGUUUGAGGCCUUCUUCUCCGACCUCCCGUCGAACGAUUUCAAUUACUUGUUCAGGACGUUGAGUGGGGUGGUGCCUGCUGAUUGUAGCAGGGAGAUGAGCAGGCGCCGCUACUUUGCAGCCGGCGUGCCUGGGUCAUUCUAUCACCGCCUCUUCCCGAGGGCAAAGCUUCAUGUGGCCGUGAGCUUGAGCGCCUUGCACUGGCUCUCUCAGAUACCAGAAGAAGUCACGAACAAGAGCUCGCCGGCGUGGAACAGGGGGAGGGCAUGGAUCGACGGGGCCAAGGACGAGGUGGUGGAGGCCUAUGCUAGGCAGUCUGAGGAGGACCUGGACGACUUCUUGCGGUGCCGGAAGGAAGAGAUCGUGGAAGGCGGGAUGCUGUUCAUGCUGAUGGGAGGGCGGCCAAGCUCCCGACAGCCCUGCGACCAGUUGGGCGAUCUGGACUCGCGAGACAAGCACCCCUUCACCACCUCCAUGGACCAAGCUUGGCAGGAACUCCUGGACGAGGGUUUGAUAGAUGAAGAGGCCAGAGACGGGUUCAACAUCCCGGCGUACAUGAGGAGCACGGAGGAAGUGGAGAGAGCCAUGGCCAAGUGCGGCGGCUUCGAGAUCCAGAGGAUGGAGUACCGGCGGAUCAGGGAGCACUCCGAGGAGAAGCAGGAGGAGUGGUCCCGCGACCCGGCCUCGUACGGCCGGUCCAAGGCCAACCUGGUCAGGGCCACCCUCGGGCCCAUCGUCGAGGCGCACCUCGGCCGGCCCCUCGCCCGCGAGCUCUUCGACCGCUUCCAGAGGCGGGUCUCCACCGAUCUCGGCCUCCUGGCGAAGACCUGCUUCUAUGGGGUUAUAGUGGUCUGCGCCAUCCGGAAAUGAAGACGGUCGAGCUUGUGUUUAUUUGUGUUUGGUCGCGGACCAUCUAAUAUUUAAUUUUUCGAGGGAGACUAUAAUGUCGGAAUUCGAGAAAAGAAAUGGCCAAUAUAUCUUU